AUGUCUGUAGAGCUUUCUCUCUUAUCCUGCCAGGAUGCCGAUCAAGAGCGCAAGGUUCCGCAUCGACUGCAACCAUUUCUCCCGAACGGCUGGAACCAACUCCCGGAUAAUGAUCAGUAUUCCCGUCAAUUUGUGGAAAAUGGCUGGUGUCCGCAUCAGAUCCAGGAAAUAGAAGAUUCCUACACCACCGAGGUCGUCAGUUACCUCAGUAACUUACGACGCAAUGGCUUUCGAAGAAUUGAUCAUAGGUCCUGUGGGCAAUCUCCAAGAUGUGUAGCGAGCAAUGUCAACAUGGACAACUAUCUCACUCGCCACAUCAGAUCGGAUUGUCAAUGUCCUACAGUCGGCACCAGUUACGACCACAUCAUCAGCAUAAUCCAAUCUGGCGGUGUCCCCUUGGUCUCUGUGGUCGAAGUGGGUGGACACAUGGCCCUUCACGUUGAACCGCGAACCGCUCAAAGUCGUUACACCGCAAUAUCUCAUGUCUGGUCUGACGGAUUAGGCAAUCCGUCCGCGAAUGCCCUACCACAUUGCCAAUUGAAGUACAUUGCAACAUGCCUCAAGAACAUGCCUAGAAAGACAGGCGAACGCAAUGUGCUAGGAGUAGGGCCAGUUUUAAUAGACUGGGGGCGCCAAAACUUCUCUACGUCUGGCCGAUCUUCUCCACUUUUUUGGAUAGAUACACUCUGUAUUCCAGUCAGGGAUAGAGACAGGCAUCUCAGAUUGCAAGCCAUUAACCAGAUGGCUUCCAUCUAUGCCGCUGCCGUUCAAGUACUCGUACUCGAUGCGGAACUCCAGCAGACCCGGACGAACCACAUUCAUGCGAGCGAGCUUCUGGCACGCAUAGUAUUCAGCGCAUGGAUGAAUCGGAGUUGGACAUACCAGGAAGGUGUGUUGGCGCGUGCUUGCGUGUACCAGUUUGCAGAUGCUGCCAUUGACCCUGUCCACGCAUGGUGCAUCUCUGGUCAUCGCAAGGGUCAGCCCUCUACAAAUAUAGGGUUUCACCAUCCGCAGGAUGAUCACCUGGAGCGCAUCUAUACGGCGCUUUAUAACUCUCACUGGGAAAAAUUACAUCAAAACUGGAAAAGCAGCUGGCCCAAAUCCAAUCGGUUCUUCUCUCGAAAUCUCCCUUGGGAGGGAUUCAAUGCCCCCAAGGCAGUUCUAGGUACAAGGAACAAUGCGGAGUGCAUUUUAAAUGUACUGAAAAGCCAAGACCGGGACGAACAAUAUCGAGAAUUGGAAAGUACACGGCUCAGGCGCAAUCGGUUCCGUUUCCUAGUGCACUUAUGGCAGAGGUACCACGCUCCUGAGACAGACAGUGCUACAAGGGGUGACGUUGAACAUUACACCACACUAGCAAGCGAGCUGGGCAGAGUGAGACAGUUCGCCUACAGCUGGAACGAAUUGGCUGGCAGAUCCACAACCAUGGCGGACGACAUACAUGUGAUCAUUGCUAAUCUCCUGGAUUUCCAUGCGGAUACGGUUAUGAGUUACCACGAUCGACAACACCGCAUGGAGGCCAUGGUUCUGAGCUUCCAGCUUCUACCAUUUUCGCUCUUCUACAAUACUGGCCCGAAGUACGAUCAGCACAGACAGCACAGAAACAGGUGGGUCCCGGUGGAACCGAGCAAAUGUUACCUCACAACGUCACCAACAGUAAAGCAGUGUCCUGAGGCUGCCGUUCUCGAACUGGUGGAUGUUGCCAAAGAGCUAAAAGUCUUUCUUGUUGAGGAUUUAGAUGGCACAAAGUCAUUCAACAUUCACUCACAGAAGAAAGGAGUCACAUACUCCAUACAGCCACAGACUACUGUCGACGGUGAGGAUCUCUUCUUCAAAGGCACUAAAUGUAUAGUGCUGGAAAAUUCAGGGUUUGAUUCUGGGAAUAUGAAGAUCCGCGGUGCGUGUUUUCGUGUUACCCAACAUGAUGGCGCGGAAAACUGCAGAGCAAACGAAGACGCACUCAUCGGCAACUUACGACUCGUGUUCGAGUUUCCGAUAGAGGCACAUCGCUUGGAAGCAAGAGAGCACCUAUCCAAUAUUCUUGAAAUAGACGGUCCUGUCUUGGAAGAAUACGAAGCGUUUGUUGUUUCUUCAUCCUGUCGAAUCCUCAUCGAAUACGGCUUCCAGUGUCUUCCUACAAACUACUACGUGGCUGAUACCUACUAG